AAGUAUCUCUUCGAAACUAGUAAGUGACAAGAAAAUAGUUAUGAGGAUAUGAAGGGAUAUUAUGGAUUUACUUACUUCCAAUUCACAAACCCCUAUGAAUUGAUUACCUUCCCAAAUUUGGCGGGUGCACUCCCAACCUCUCAUGUAUAAUAUAUACACAACACACCCACGUACAUCAUCCUCAGAUCAAGAUUGAAAAAUGGAUUUUCACAGAUCAGAAGCUGACGGUCACAAACCAGUCUCUGUGCUAGAAGGUGAAGACUCUAACUUCCACAGAAUCCUCUCAAGAGAGCCAACGAUCGGCAACUCUAGUCGCCAUUAUCAGUAUCGCAGCCCCGGCCAAAUCCCAUUUCAAUGGGAAAUGCAGCCUGGUAAAUGCAAAUUCGACCCACCAAAGAGGGACCCCAUUGAUGUCCCAAGAAUCAACCCCCCUCCAAUCACGGCCUCCAAGAGCAUUAAACUGCCGUCGAGGCCGGACGACGACAGCGGUGGCCCCAAAGGGUCUUCUUCGAGCUGUUUAAAGACGAGGUUUUGGAGGAUGAUCAAGAACAAGAAGCCCCAGGUGACGAUGUCCAGAUCCAAGAAUCAGGCAAGAGGCUCUGAAGCUACGAGCAAGUGCAGUUCAAAUGGGUCGUCUGGCACUUCUAGCGAUGAUAACCUUAUGUCAUCUUCUAGUAACUUGAGCUCGCUCACGUUGACGUCGUCGACGACGACCUUGUGUUUGCCCUUCGCUGCUUCUCUGCGAUCAUCAUUCUUGGCAAAAGGGCAUAUCGAUUAGCCUUUUUAAUGAGCAUGCAGGUGUUCUUCCUUUAUCUUUUCCUUCUUUUGAUUUGAAUGUUUUUCAUGAAUUGUGUUUGUAGUUGUUUAGUUUUGUGGAUUUAGUUCAUCGGACAUGUCUGUGGCUUGCAUGCGCUAGUGUUAGUGCCACCAAUAUAUGUCGUGUAUUUAACAUAGAGCUAUACACUUUUGAUGGAAAUUGAGAAA